AUGGCAGCCGGCGCGCAUAUGGCUGCAACACAACAAGCAGCUGAUGACCAAGCAUCGUCACUUUAUUUUUCUGGUAUCUGUCAAACAAUAUCAGUUAAAUGUCAACAUAGAAAUGAAAAUGGUUUAUUAACAUGUUCAAGAAAUCUCUACGUUUCGUGUCCACAUUGUCAUUUACUACUCUGUAUUGAUCAUAUUCACGAACAUGAAAACUUACUACGAUACGAAAUUGAACAAUUAAUCAAUGAAACAAAUAUUGUCAAAGCAAAUAUUCGUGCGUUGUUAACAACGUCUCAGCAACAACCAUCGUCGACUACGGCGCAAGUGCUCGACGAAAAACAACGUACACUAUGUGAAUUACUUGAACGAUGGGCUACAGUGGGAAAAAUUUCUAUGUCACAAGCCGCACUCAUUCAACAUCAAUGUGGUUAUAUUAGUCAAACUACCCAACAGCAAGCAGCUACAGCUGCUUCGACUGCGGCCGCUGCUGCUGCUGCUGCAGCUGCACUUGCUGCUGGAACAACUAACCAUCAUGUUGCUCAUCAUACAGUUCCUGCACAGCAAAACGGCACUGGCACAACGAAUCCAAAUAAACUUCCAUCACAUCAUCAGCAACAUCAUACAAAUAGUGGUGGACAUGCAAGUCAUCAUCAAAAUAAUUCACAUCAUCAAGAUCGAUCGUCACAACAAUUAGCAGUCAAUGUUGUGAAGAAACGACGAAGUGGGAAGAAUAAAAUUGUUACAUUGUUGAUGAAAAACGCCGAAGGAGAAUACGAAUGUCCAAACGUUCAAUGUCGGAAGUCUCUCAAAUGUCAAGGAAUCACGGCACACGUCAAAGCUUGCGCAGUCGAUUGGUUGAAAGAAAACGGGCAGUACCUGAAUUUGAACUAA